GAUAGGAAGACGUUGGGGGGGCUAGGGAGAGAGAGCAGCCGAGAGAAGCGGCUUCCAGGGUACGAGAUGAAGCACGAGAGGGACGAACACGUGCUGCGGGUGAGGAAGGCGUCGACUGUGGACCAGGGACGUUUCGCCUGCGUGGCAGAGAACCGUGUGGGCAAGGCAGAGGCUGAGGCCACCCUCACUGUGAGGGCGGCACCGCAGUUUGUCGUCAGACCACGGGACCAGAUCGUGGCUCAAGGCAGGACAGCCACCUUCCUCUGUGAGACCAAGGGUAAUCCUCAGCCCACUGUCUUCUGGCAGAAAGAGGGAACCCAGAACCUUCUGUUUCCAAAUAUGCCGCAGCAACUGGACAGCCGAUUCUCCGUGUCCCCCGGUGGUGAACUUACCGUCUCAUCCGUGCAGCGCUCCGAUGCUGGAUACUACAUCUGCCAGGCCCUCACAGUGGCGGGCAGCAUCAUGGCCAAAGCCCAGCUGGAGGUCACAGAUGCGAUGACGGACAGGCCGCCGCCCAUCAUCCGGCAGGGGCCGGCCAAUCAGACUCUGAGCGUGGGCGAGUCGGCGCUGCUGCGAUGCCAGGCCUCCGGAGACCCGCCGCCUGCGGUCAGCUGGCUGAAGGACGGCGUCAAUCUCCUGGGCAGGGACCCUCGCCUGUCCCUGGUGGACGCGGGCAGUCUGCAGAUCCAAAAUACCAAGAUGUCUGACUCUGGGAUGUACACCUGUGUGGCUGGCAGUUCCACCGGGGAGACCACCUGGAGCGCCUUCUUGGAAGUGAGAGAAUCAGCCGGAGCCGCCGCUUCCGUUCCCCGCGAUGCCGACGACCUCCCUGGGCCGCCUUCCAAACCGCAGGUCACCGACGUCACCAGGAAUAGCGUGUCGCUGUCGUGGCAGCCCGGGCCGGCUGGGGCAUCGCCCGUCACGUACUACGUCAUCGAAGCCUUCAGUCAGCUGGUGAGCAACAGUUGGCAGACGGCGGCGGAGCACGUGAAAAGCACACAGUUCACCGUCCGCGGCCUGAGACCCAACACCAUCUACUUGUUCAUCGUGCGCGCCGUCAACUCUCAGGGCCUGGGCGACCCGAGCCCCGUGUCCGAGCCUGUCCGCACGCAGGACCUCAGCCCCCCGGCGCAAGGCAUAGACCAUCGUGAAGUGCAGAAGGAGCUGGGUGAGGUCGUAGUUCACCUGCAUGACCCCCAGGUCCUCAGCCCUACGGCCAUCCAGGUCACGUGGAUGGUGGACAAUCCUACUCGCUUCAUCCAGGGCUAUAGAGUGAUGUAUCGCCAGACAUCAGGGCUACCUGCCCCAGGGGCAUGGAGAGGUCAGGAUGUGACUCCUCCCUCAGAGCGCAGAACUGUGCUCUCUAGCCUCAGGAAGGGUGUGGUUUACGAGGUCAAGGCCCGCCCCUACUUCAAUGACUUUCAAGGCGUCGACAGCGAGUCCAAGACAGGGCGCACUGCGGAGGAAGCUCCCAGUGCCCCUCCGCAGCAGGUCACCGUUCUCUCUCUAGGGAGCCACAAUAGCACAUCCAUCAGUGUCUCCUGGGACCCCCCACCCCUGGACCACCAGAAUGGCAUCAUCCAGGAGUACAAGAUCUGGUGCCUGGCGAAUGAGACACGCUUCCACGUGAACAAGACGGUGGACGCGGCGAUACGCUCCGUUGUGGUAGGGGGGCUGCAGGCUGGAGUGCAGUACCGUGUGGAAGUGGCUGCCAGCACCAGUGCGGGUGUAGGUGUGAGGAGUGAGCCACGGCCCAUCCUGAUAGGCAAGGACUUGAAAGACGUGAUAACUGGCGGGGAGGAGAAGAACAGCAUCUCGGAUGUGGUGAAGCAGCCGGCUUUUAUUGCCGGGAUUGGUGGAGCCUGCUGGAUCGUCCUCAUGGGCUUCAGCACCUGGCUGUACUGGAGGAGGAAGAAGAGGAAGGGCCUGAGUAAUUACGCCGUGACGUUUCAGCGAGGGGAGAGAGGCCUGAUGAGCAAUAGCAGUCGCCCUGGGCUGCUGAAAGCAGGUGAUCCAGGUUUUCCCUGGCUAGCUGACUCUUGGCCCACCUCCAGCCUGCCCAUCACCGGUGGCUCUGGGGGGCCCAGUGACACAGGCAAUUUUGGCCGUGGGGAUUUGCUGCCCGCGGGGCAGGGGGAAAAAACGGGCACCAUGCUGUCGGACGGAGCCAUCUACAGCAGCAUUGACUUCAGCAACAAGCCAGGCUACAGCAGCCAGGCCGCACCCUACGGUGGACAGGCCACGCCCUACGCCACCACACAGAUCCUGCAGUCCAAUAGCUUCCACCAGUUAGCCGUAGAACUGCCUGACCCACGCUGGAAGGUGCCCCCGCAGGGCCGGCCGGAUGGGGGCACUCUGGGCUACGCGCUGGGCGAUCCCCACUCCUGUAACAGCAGCGGAAAGGGGGGAAAGAAGAAGAAGACGAAGAGCGGCAGCAAGACGCCCAAGAGUAAUGGGUCCUGCUGGGCCAAUGUGCCGUUGCCCCCUCCGCCCAUGCAGCCGCUGCCUGGCACUGAGGUGGACCACUAUGGCCCUGGGCAUGAAGGAGGAGGGUACAAAGCUGAUAGCUUACGUGGGACCCUCCCCACACAUUCGUACCUGCAUCAGGGCUUGGAGGAUGAGCUUGAAGAGGAGCGUGUCCCAACCCCGCCCAUUCGGGGUGUGGCCUCCUCCCCGGCACCAGCAACACUAAGCCCCACCCCCAGUGAGGAGAUGCACUCUGCGCUGCAGGCACAUCUGGAUGAGCUGACCCGUGCCUACCAGCUGGAUGUGGCCCGGCAUGCCUGGCAACUUCAGGCCAGUCAAAACCCACCUCAGGCCCCUGCCCCUCCGCUGGGUUAUGUGUCCAGCACCCUGACGUCUGACCCAGACAGUGACAUCCCAGAUGAGGAUGAGGAAGAGGAGGAGAGUGAUGCUUAUGAGCUGUCCAGUCAGCUCUGUGGCCUUGAGCACGCGGACAGCCCGGAUGUUUCCGUCACAGGGAACAGCUUCAGCCAGCGCCCACAGCCAGGUAGUCCCCUCUCUACCGAUGCUGGCAUGAUGGGAUCCCACAGUCUGAGCCACCAGGGGGCGCAACACCAUGCCCGGAAACAAAGAGGAGGCCGUGUAGAGUUUGGCGGAACUGAUCCGCAGCGACGGGACGCCUCCAUGGCUGAGGAGACCCUCCAGCCCUACGGCAUGUCUGGCUUUCUGUGUUCCGGGAGCUCCGUGGGUCGAGGGCUCCAUCAACGCGAUGGGCCGGACGCACCGGGGUCGGGUCUCCACGGAACCAACGGGCAGGCUCAACGCUGCUAGGAGCUGUGAUUGCCAGGGCAACGACCCUGACCAACCCAUCACUGCCAGGACUUCCUGUUGCACGGGGCCACCUGUGCCAAUGUGUGCAGGCAACAUUUUGCUUAUUAACAGAGCACUGGUAGGAGUGAGGACAAAAGUGCAAAAAUAAUGACGGGAACACAAGACCGUGACGACCAAGAAGAAGCAGCAAGACGGCUCUAAAUGUGAUGUAAAGACACACGGACACGCACCUCACAGCGCUGAUUUAUUUACUUUUUGUCGUCCUUAUGGAAAUGCAUCUCACAGCUAUCUCCUAAACAAUUUCCUGGCAGGAGACGUCAAUCAGUCUGUAAACAAAAUUAAUGGAGGAAAAAAGAACCUAUUGUCCCUCAGGGGCAAACGGGAUUUUGUUCCUGUAAAUAUUUUUUAAUUUGUUGUUGCAUCGCUAUGCAAGCAGAUUUGUCUUUUUUUUAAAUACAUGAUUUGUUUUUGAAUGGUUAUUUGUACUGUGUAAAAAUAUCGAUGGGAUGUGGUGAAACAGAAUUUCGUACUUUAUGUUCCUGUUCAUAAGAUGAUUAUUAUGAUUAACCGAUUUCCUCAUGAUGGAUUGGUGUCGUUUGUUAUUUUGCACAGCUGUUUUUCAGUGAUAAGCACAAAAGCCCGUUUCCAUGAGAAAGCUGAGGGCCAUGGGAGGAGGAAGAGGUUGUGUAUAAGGGAGAUGUGGAGAGGUGUGUACAGUUUGUGCAGGGCCUCGGGGACGGAGCGGAAGGAAAUAUGGAGACGUCCGUAGAAGGCGACUGGAUGGAGAGAAAUUACCAUCACCUGCAGUUCCUGUUGUCUGGAAGCUCAGACUUGGAUUUAUUUGUGUUUGACAGCAUUUUUCAGGCUGUUGUCAUGGUUUCUGGGGAUGUUCUGCACUGGUGUUCAGCAGGUCUUCCAUCACAUGUCCCAGGCAUGCCGGCAUCCUAGGACAGGGUUCCAGCUGCAGUCACAUUCUUAGGAUCCAAUGUACCUGGUUCCAACUGGACACCUGACUCUGACAGGUGUCCCCACGCCGUGUCUUCAUAAGCAUCUGUCAUCUUCUAGUUAUUUUUUUUUUUUUUUUUGCCCCCCAGCCCCUAUCCAGCACCUCCCAACCACUACCCCGCCACUCCUGCCCCCUCCCUGUGUAAGCCAGUGUCCAAUGACCUGACCUGUUCCGCCUCAGGAGAUACAGGCAAUGCAGUAUGAACGUUUUAAA